AGCACAGACAUUCCUAUUGACCGGACUGCUUUGCAGUAAAACUUGACGGUGAUUCAAUUAUUGACGCGUUUUGAAAGCGAACGAAUUGUUUACAAUAAUAAAGCUUAUUGUUAGCUCCGAAUUAGCAGACAAAGUAUAUAAUUUUUGUCUUUAUCGUGAAUUACGGGUGCUCAGAACACAAAGGGGUUUGUAAGUUGAAAGAAAGUUGCAUACAUCUGUGACGAGUGAAAAUCGUGAAGCAGAUUGUUGAGAUUUAAAUUAGCACAGUGCAUACUUAAUAGAAGCGAUUACAUUCAAUUAUACGUUAUCAAAUCGGUCGACUAAUAUAAUUACAAUUAAGAUUCGGAUGUGCACGCAGCGUAGGUGGGCGUCGACAGGGGCUUUGAUUGGUCCAUAAAACGUCGAUAGUGAUACAUCUCGUUUGCAACAUGCAUUCUGCAGGUUGAUUUGUUGCGCGGCGGACCUUUGUCGCGUUGCUCCGAGAUGGGGACGUGUUGGUGCAAACACAAAGAGCCUGAUGAGAGCGACACGGAGUCGCCCCCAGGGCUGGACACCAUCUCCUUGGCGUCUGGGGAGCCCCCACCACACCUGUGCAGACACAUUGACUCCAGACUGGUGGAUCAACUGGUGUUAGAGAUGCUAUCCCUCAUUGCUUCAUUUGUGGAUAAGACUAUGUCAACAUUGAUUCGCCACUGUUGGUUGCGCCGUUUCAGCGAUGAGGAAUCACCAGUGCCACUGGUGAAGUUACAUGUUAUUGCUGACAAGGAGGAUGGUUGGAUCCAGGUGGUCUCCUCGUUGGUGAAUGUCAUUCCCCUGGAGGAUCCCCUGGGACCUUCAGCCAUCACGAUUGUUUUCGAUGAUUGUCCCCUGCCGUCAAAGGAGGCUGUUAUUAAGCUAACCAAGUACCUGCGGCUGAACAAGCAUCGCGCACUGAAGGGCCCCGUGAACGUGCGCGUCGAGCGCAACAUAUGCGUGGUGCUCGGCUGCAUCGCGGAGAAGCUCGCCGGCCCGAACAGCGUCGCGGUGCUCACUGACGACACGCUCGAUUAUCUGAUUACGUUCCUGACGAUGCGCCGCGAGCCGUGCGUGGUGUUGUUCGCGUUGAUCGCGCUGGAGAAGUUCGCGCACACCACCGAGAACAAGAUGACCAUCCGCCGACGUUUGGACAAGGAGCGCGACAACCCCCUGCUCGUGCUGGAACUGCUGGCCGAAAACGAGAACUAUCUGUGGCGGCAGGUCGGCUUCUGUGCUAAAUGGGCGCUCGACAACCAAUUCGUGAUCGAGGGCCGCAAGCUGUCGUACGAGUCGGUCGACAUGUCCGGCAUCAACGUGUUGCUGAACACUCGUGACGUCAGCGAGUACCUCAAAAUAUCGUGCAACGGACUCGAAGCGCGCUGCGACUCCUACUCGUUCGAGAGUGUACGGUGCACCUUCCAGGUGGACGCCGGCUGCUGGUACUACGAGUGCACGGUGAUGACCCCCGGCGUGAUGCAGAUCGGCUGGGCCACCAAGAACAGCCACUUCCUCAACCACGAGGGAUACGGAAUAGGCGACGACCUAUUCUCGCUGUCAUACGACGGAUGCCGCAAGCUGAUCUGGCACAAGGCGAAGCCGACCACGGUGAGGAACAUGCCGGAGUGGCAGCCAGGCGAUGUGCUGGGCUGUCUCAUCGAUAUUGAGCGGAAGGAGGCCAUAUUCUCGAUCAACGGGCAGCGCAUGCGCCCCUGCAAGGAGAUAUUUGAAACCACGCAGUUCGGUUUCUUCGCGGCGGCGAGCUUCAUGGCGUUCCAGCAGUGCCGGUUCAAUUUCGGGCACGAGCAGUUCCAGUUCCCGCCCACCGACCGGCCCUUCAGCACGUUCAACGAGCAUGGAGACCUCACCGAUGAACAGAAGAAGGUGGUCCCGCGCCGGAUAUACCUGGAGCAGCUCCGGUGCGCGAGUCUGCGCGAGGACACCUGCACCCUGUGCUUCGACGAGCCGCCCAGCUGCGUGCUGGAGCCCUGCAUGCACAGGGGUUUCUGCUCGGUGUGCACGGGCUUGCUGAAGGAGUGCCCGCUGUGCCGUGCCGAAAUCCUGAACAUCCGUCGCGAGCCCACAUGACAGGAGGACAAGAGCUCGCUCUCCACCGCGUCGCCCAAGCCUGCGAGCGCCGCCGAGCCCAACAACCAUGCAAAUACUGCCGAGGAGCUGCCUACCAUUGAGGAGGCCACCGACGGAGAGGCG